GCGAGCAACGCACAUUUUUCACGCAUUACUCUUAUAUUCGCUUCUUCGAACAGAUAGAUAAAUUAUUUCCAUAUAAAAUGUCAACUGCUACCGCCCCAGUCAGAAGAUCAGGUAUUAUUAAAGGUUACAACAAAGGUCACCCAGUUGUCAAACGUACCGUUCCAUCAACCUUCAAAAAACAAGUUGUCACCAAACGUGUUGCCGCCAUCCGUGAUGUCAUCCGUGAAGUCUCUGGUUUUGCUCCAUAUGAACGUAGAAUUCAAGAGUUAUUAAAAUCAGGUUUAGAUAAACGUGCUCUCAAAGUUGCCAAAAAGAGAUUAGGUUCAAUCCAAGCUGGUAAAAAGAAGAGAGAUGAAAUGGCCACUGCCAACAGAAAGAAAUAAACAUUUAGUCUAAUAAACAGAUUUAAAAAAACUCAGCAUUUUAUAGGGUGU